AUGUUGAACCAAGGGCACCUGAGAGAACUAAUGAGCGACAGGGGAUGGGCCAACUUCGAUAGCGGACAUGAACAGCACCAGGGACCUCCAAAGCCACCCUCCCCCACUCGUACAAUCCAAAUGAUCGUCAGCGGAGGCGACGAGGCAGUGAUCAACCAUGUGAAAUUCACCACUACACACAAACUCAAACGGUCGAUCACUCACGAACGGUAUAACAACCUCGAAGACAGUAUCAUCUUCGACAAGUCGGAUACCGACGGUUUGACUUUCCCUCAUUUUGAUGCUCUUGUUAUUACUUUACGUGUUUCAGAUACCGAUGUGAAAAGAAUAAUGGUAGACGAUGGAAGCGAUAUGCCGGACAUCCGGAAAGACAUCGCUACGCACAAGUUGAAUGUCGAACCCGCUCUACCCACCAGUGUGGCAAAUAAGGAGAAAAUUCAAUGCUGCAAUCAACGAGGCCGUCAGCGACGAAGUAGAUAA